CAACCCCGCCCCACGAAAUUCCCCUUUGCCCCCCCCUGCCGCCAACCUUCCUUCCUUCCUUCCUUCUCUCUCCUCGCUUCCAAAUGGCUCUCAAGGCCGUGCACGUCUCCGACGUCCCCAACCUCGACCAGGUCCCCGAGGGCCCCUCCGUCGCGCUCUACUCCGCCGGCUUCGCCAGGGGCGAGGCCCGGGCGCCGUUCAAGGCCCCCAAGUUCCUGGUGAUCGGCCACCGCGGGCACGGCAUGAACGCGCUCCAGUCGAGCGACCGGCGGAUGCGGGGAUUCAUGGAGAACACCCUGCUGUCCUUCAACGCCGCCGCCAAGCACCCGGUCGAUUUCGUCGAGUUCGACGUCCAGGUGACCAGAGAUGACUGCCCGGUCAUUUUUCACGACGACGUCAUCCUCUCCGAAGACAACGGCACGAUAUUUGAAAAAAGAAUGACAGAGCUGUCCUUGGCCGAAUUCCUCAGCUACGGACCGCAGAGAGAAAAUGGGAAGAUCGGAAAGUCGCUCUGGAGGAAGACGGGAUCUGGAAAGAUAGUGAAGUGGAACGUGGAAGAGGAGGACUCCCUCUGCACAUUGCAGGAGGCUUUCGAGAAGGUGGAGCCUUCGCUCGGCUUCAACAUCGAGCUGAAGUUCGACGACCACAUCGUGUACCAACAGGACCACCUCGUCCACGUCCUCCAAGUGAUCCUGAAGGUCGUCUUCGAGUGUGCACAAGGACGGCCCAUCAUCUUCUCCUCGUUCCAGCCCGACGCAGCUCUUCUGAUCAGGAAAUUACAGAGCAUAUACCCUGUAUUCUUUUUGACUAAUGGUGGGACGGAGAUCUACUACGAUUCUCGGAGAAAUUCAUUGGAGGAGGCCAUCAAGUUGUGCUUGGAAGGUGGACUUCAGGGGAUUGUUUCCGAGGUGAAGGGCGUUUUCAGGAAUCCAGCCGCCGUCCCCAAGAUCAAGGAGUCCAAACUCUCUCUGUUAACAUAUGGCAAAUUAAACAAUGUCUCCGAGGCUGUGUACAUGCAACACUUGAUGGGCAUCGAUGGAGUGAUCGUCGAUCUGGUUCAAGAAAUCACAGAGGCGGUGUCCGAGCUGAUCAAGCCAGCCAAGGAAGGACUUGGAGAGAGUGCAGGUGAAGUGGAAGAGGGGAAAUUGGAGUUGAAGCCUCUGUUCUCAAAAAAGGAGCUUGCUUUUCUUCUCAAGCUCAUCCCAGAAUUGAUACAGCUAUAGAAGACGGAGCCAAUUAUUAUUAACCCACAAAUUCCGAAAAGAAGAAACAAGAGUAGCCUUCCGUUGUGCAUUAGAAUGUGUGGUGUUGGAGGAGAAGCCAAAAGCAUAGUCAUUCUCAUUGUUCUGUACAUAGUCAAAUUAGUUCCUCCCUCUCUCGCUCGUUCUGUCUGAAAUACUAAUUUGAAAACGACGAGAGGGCUUACACGGAGCACAUGCCCUUCCUCGUCGGGUCCUCCAUUUUGUAGCAUAUUCAUACGAGUUAUAAUGAUAAGUGGCUGAAUAGCCUGUUUUUUCCAUGUUU